AUGGGCGACCUUCCCGAGGCUCGUGUGUCGGCGUCUGCUCGCAGUUUUUUGCAUUGCGGGGUAGAUUAUGCUGGUCCCGUGCAGAUUCGCGCUUCUGCGGGUCGAGGCAUUACAUCGCGUAAAGCCUAUAUCGCCCUUUUCAUUUGUCUAGCGACCAGAGCGAUACAUUUAGAGCUAGUCGGAGAUUACUCCACCUCGGCUUUUUCAAACGCCUUUUCCCGUUUUUGCGCACGUCGCGGCCUUUCCCAAGCCAUGUAUUCUGAUAACGGAACAACGUUUGUCGGAGCUGAUCGCGAGAUGACCAAAGCGUACAGAGCGGCUGUGCGCGAUCCUAAUUUUUUAAAUUUAACCGCAUCUGAUAAUAUAACGUGGAAUUUCAUUCCACCAUCUGCUCCGCACUUCGGCGGCUUGUGGGAGACUGGCGUACGAAGCGUUAAAACCCAUUUGCGUCGCGUGUUAGGCACUCAUAGGCUCACCUUCGAGGAAUUCACCACUUUGUUAUGCAGGAUCGAAGCCUGCUUAAAUUCACGUCCGAUCGCGCCUCUUUCGAACACGCUAAACGAUUACCAAUGUUUAACUCUGGGUCAUUUUUUGGUCGGAUCCGCUCUGAUUGUAAAUCCGGAACCAUCGCUUCUUCAACUCAACGAGAACCGCCUUUCGCGAUGGCAACUCGUGCGACACAUCACCGAACGAUUCUGGAAAUUAUGGUAUAAUGAUUAUGUUACCACAUUACAACACCGAACAAAAUGGCGACAAGUCAAGCCGCAACUUCAGGUCGGUCAACUCGUUCUCUUACGAAACUCCACGUUACCUCCAUGUAAGUGGGAGCUUGGCCGAGUGACACAGUGUCACGCUGGAUCCGACGGAUUAGUUCGUGUGGUUACUGUCAAAACAGCCACGUCAGAGUAUCAACGACCUAUCGUUAAAUUAUGCGUUCUCCCGAUUAAUAGCGAGGCGUCGAGCAACUAA